CAUAUUUCUCCAAACCACAUUCCUUCUUUCUCACUUUUCACUUAUGUUUUUGGAAGACUUUGAUCGAUAUUUCACGUUCAUUUAUUUGGGUUUAACAUUUGACUGAGAUGGAAUAUUCGAAUUUGAAUAAAGACGAUAAAAAGCAGAGAAGAAGCAGAGAAAAUGGAGAUUCUUGGCAUUGCCUGAGUUCUCAUAAACAUGGACGGUCUAAAAGUGCAUCGUCAGAGCGAGAUCUCCAUGCUUCUAGUGAUGGAGCUUCACAAUCUGCCAAGACCAUCACUAAAAUGCCAACAUCUUCUGUUCAGACAGCAGCAAACAAAAGACCAAAGUCUCUGCAUAAUCGUCAGACAUUUAUUAAAAACAACCCGCCUUCUAACGAUAGAGCAUCUUUGGAACGAGAUGUUGAGCAGCUUCAUCUUCGUCUACAACAGGAAAAAUCUCUGAGAAUGGCCUUAGAGAAAGCAAUGGGCCGUGCUUCAAGCAGUUUAUCUCCAGGGCACAGACAUUUUUCUGCUCAGGCGAAGGAACUUAUCACAGAGAUUGAAUUGCUAGAAGCAGAGGUCGCAAAUCGCGAGCAUCACGUGCUCUCUCUGUAUCGGAGUAUCUUUGAACAGACGAUUAGCAGAGCAUCUUCAGAACAAAGCUCAGGCAUUUCUUCUCCAGCUCAUCAUAUGAAGCAGCCACCAAGAAAACACCCAACUGUCAUUUCAAAUGCAUUUUGUUCCUCCAAUAAUUUCCCUCUAAAGCCUUGGCAUGGUCUGCUUACUUUUAAAGAUUUGAGCAGAAAAACCUCCAAAAAGAACCAGUCUUCUCAGCUCCAGGACAAAAACUGUAUUCCUCCAAUAACAAAUUAUUCAAGCCAAGCAAAAUCAUGUUCUAAGGAAUCAAUAACGGAGAAAUCUCCAUCACAGAGAACUCUAAAGGAUCAUUUGUACCAAUGCCCAAGCAAGUUGUCUGAAAAAAUUGUCAAGUGUAUGGCUUCAGUGUACUUCUGGCUCUGCAGCAGUGCCAUGUCAGCAGAUCCUGAGAAGAGAAGAAGAUCAACAAUCCUAUCAAGAUCGGUGAAUAGCAACGUGAUUAUCCCCAAGAACAUUAUGGGUGAAGACCGAGCUUGGUCCUGCAGAUCCAUGGUGGAAGUAUCUUGGAUCUCAUCAGACAAGAGAAGAUUUUCUCAAGCAUCAUAUGCUAUUAACAACUACAGGCUCCUUGUUGAACAACUGGAGAGAGUUACUAUUAAUCAAAUGGAAGGCAAUGCAAAGUUAGCAUUUUGGAUCAACAUUUACAAUGCUCUCUUCAUGCAUGCAUACUUGGCAUAUGGUGUACCUGCUAAUUAUCUUAGAAGGUUAGCAUUGUUUCACAAGUCUGCGUAUAAUAUCGGUGGCCAUAUCAUAAAUGCAAACACAAUCGAGUACUCUAUCUUCUGCUUCCAGACUCCACGAAAUGGACGUUGGCUUGAGACCAUUAUCUCCACCGCCUUGAGGAAAAAGCCAACGGAAGAUAAAGUAAGCACAAAUUUCAGGCUCCACAAACCAGAGCCACUUCUCUGUUUUGCUCUUUGCACUGGUGCUCUCUCAGAUCCAGUGUUAAAAGUUUACACUGCAAGAAACGUUAAAGAGGAACUAGAAGCCUCGAAAAAAGAAUUCAUUCAGGCAAACAUGGUUGUAAAGAUGCAUAAGAGAGUGAUUUUACCUAAGAUCAUAGAGAAGUUUGCAAAGGAAGCUUCUCUGAGCUCUGAUGAUUUGCUGAGAUGGUUAAUGGAUAACGCAGACGAAAAGUUUGGGGAAUCGAUAAAAAAAUGUGUAGAAGGUAAAACAAACUACAAGAAAGCAUCUCAGGUUGUUGAAUGGUUGCCAUACAGUUCAAGGUUCCGUUAUGUUUUCUCAAAGGACUUGAUGGAAAGAAAGCCUUGGUGGCUUUAAAAGGAUAUUUGCUUGAGCUCUCAGAACCCUUUCGACCCUUAUUCUCUCUGCUUUCAGUAGACCUUUUUGUAUGUUUGUAAUGAGACAAUGGAAGAGAAAAAAAAGGCUUUUCUUAUGUACAUGUGUAAAUAGUAACAAA